AUGAGUGCUACGCGCAAGACCAGGAGCGUUUCCGAAGCGAUCAACGCGCGUCUGGCGCUUGUUAUGAAGUCCGGUCGAUAUCACCUUGGAUAUAAGAGCACGUUAAAGAGCCUUCGCCAGGGUAAGUGUAAGCUUGUUAUCAUCGCGAGUAACUGUCCGCGCCUGCGAAAGAGCACCCUCGAUUACUAUGCGAUGUUGGCCAAGGCGCAGGUAUACCGCUAUCCAGCCAGCUCGAUAGAGCUCGGUACAGCUUGCGGGCGUUAUUUUCGAGUUAUGGUGAUGGCGAUAACAGAUCCAGGCGACUCGGAUAUUCUGAAAGCGAUAACGGAGGAAGCAGCAGGUGGAUCUGCUGCCGUCUGA